UUCAUCGAUACUCACAAUCACCCCAACGUUUGGUGCCAGUUUCACCCGAGGCGCGAUUUCAUGAUUUCGUCGCUCUAGCAACCCGGUAUGGUCCUCCAAAGGCGAAGAAGUUCAUGCGUACCCUGGAAUAUACGCAAAGCUUGGAUUCCUCUGCAACUGUCAUCAUCACACGCCCCCUUGAGAUCAUCGCAUGCACGAUCAUCAAAGGACUGGGUACGGAUGUCUUUGUGAUUUUCGAUUCUCACCCGCGACCCAGCUAUCCUGCCGGUGCUGGCCUUAUCCUCGGUACCUCCAUUGAUCAAGCUGUCUCCCGCUUGGCCAGCACAAUACCUGCUGCUGACAACCAGCUUCUCUCCCUGAGUGGUUUGCAAUGGCAGGCGCAGCUACUAAAUAACUUCUCAGGCCAUGAUGUCGACCGGACCACCUUCAGACGUGCGAGGCAUGCAGAAGACUGUCGUCGAAUCUAGCCCCUCCAUCCGACGACUUACGCCUCUCGUGUCCAGCGCUGGCUGCCGUCACUUGCCUACAAUCACUAGCAGGCUUCGGAUUUCCCUUGUUUGCUCCAGCGAUGUACAACGCACUUGGUGUCGGG